AUGGAGGGUUGUUCAAGAAACGGCGAAAUCUGUCCAAAGCUCCUCAAUUUGAUACCACAAGGGAGAAGAAAUUGGCUUCAAGACGACAAAACCUCUGUUUACAGCACAGAAGAGAAGAAACUUGAGUUAAAGCUCGGACCACCCGGUGGUGAAGAAGACGAAGAUGGUACAUCGAUUCUAAGACGUAUCAAGAGAGAAUCAAAAGACAAAUCUAUCCUUUGUCUCGCUGGCAACCACUUCUCUCCUUCUUCCACCACCAACAAAACCACAUCCCAUAAGAGAACUGCUCCUGGUCCAGUGGUGGGUUGGCCUCCGGUUCGAUCAUUCCGGAAGAAUUUAGUCAAUGGUAGCGCUUCAAAGCUUGGGAACGAGUCCACCUCCAAGAAUCAAAAGUGUGAUGAUGAAAGUGGCCGAGGAAAGACAAUGGAACCAAAGAGAGAAGGAGGCAUGUUUGUGAAGAUCAACAUGUAUGGUGUUCCUAUUGGUCGUAAAGUUGAUCUCAGUGCGCACAAUAGCUAUGAGCAGCUAUCUUUCACAGUCGACAAGCUCUUCAGAGGUCUUCUUGCAGCUCAAAGAGAAUCAUCAUCAUUUGGGGAAGAAGAGAAACCGAUCACUGGAUUAUUGGAUGGGAAUGGAGAAUAUACUCUUACUUAUGAAGACAAUGAAGGAGACAAGAUGCUUGUAGGAGAUGUCCCAUGGCAUAUGUUUGUAUCUUCGGUGAAGAGGCUGCGUGUGAUUAAAAGCUCUGAGAUUUCUUCAGCAUUAACAUAUGGAAAUGGUAAGCAGGAGAAGAUGAGAAGCUGA